AUGAUUUCCACGACAUCUAUCUUUGCCAUGGUCGUAGCUGCCGCCAAUAUCGUUGAUCACGUACAAUCUCACGGCUUCAUUGCCAAUCCUCCCCCUUCAUGGAAAAAGGGAAAGAACGAGAACCAAGAAUGGGUUGUCCAGAUUGAGCCUCAGUGGAAGGGUGAUUGGGACAAGGCUACAAGUGAUCAAGGUCUUUUAGACACAUUUAAGGAGCUCGGGGCUGCCAACAACUUCAAAAGUGCUCGAUCGCUGAUGGACGGCAAUCCGGUAUACGGCGCGGACUGCGGGUACACGGAUCCCAACGGGACACCUGUUGACCCACCAUCGGACGGUACAGCGACUUUUUCUCGACCAAUGAAGCACGCUGGUUUGUGCGAAAUCUGGAUCAAUAAGAAGAUGGUCCUUCAAAAUGACGACUGCCAAUCCGCGUACGGUGAUAAGGCGAUGAAAAAGAAGUCUGUCUUAAAACCCAUCGACUACUCGUCAUGCAAGGGGGAUAAGUGUCUGCUUCGAUUUUACUGGCUUGCCCUGCAGCGUAUUGGGGAUAAGACAGUGUGGCAGGCUUACAAAAACUGUAUUUCAAUAAAGGGUUCGAGCGGUGGUGAGGUAGGUCGUGACGCUGACCCUUCACAACUUGCCAAUGCGAACUCUACACAGGUCCCUCCACAGGAUUCCAACUCCGAUGGUGAAAACAAUUCAUCCACUGACUCCAACUCUUCCACCGAAUCGGCAACUUUUCAACAAAAUUCUGCUGAUGAAAGUGUUAUACAAAUGACUGGUGACUCGAUCUCCUCGUCUCCAUUAAAUGAAACGCACGAUGAGACUCCUGUCCCUGCUCCGGGUAGCAAGUGCCAUCACCGUCGAUAG